ACUAUACCAAACGUCACAACAUAAGUAGUUCUAUAAAUUCUACUAAUGUUAAUAUUUUUUUCCUUUAAAAGUUGGAGUUAGUUCAAUAUUUUAACAGUAGCAAUGGCGGUGGUUAAUCAUCAAGACUCUGUUUUUAAUGCAGGCGUGGCUAUAAAUGCAAAGGGACCUUUGAUUCUAAGCUUUCCUUUUUCUAUUCCUUCAAAAAUACCCAUUUUCUUGUACACUUCUCUCUCUCUUUCUGAAAGUCUUUGACUGUGGUUAUUAGCAGAGUGUUAUUUAUAUCUUCAGUACAUAACAGUUUUGAACAUUAGCCAAAUUUCAAGAAAAUAGUGUACAGAGAACCAAAUGUAGCACACAAUCUGAAAUGAGGUUGUGUUCCUGAUACUCAAAACCUGUGGUUAAGGAGAACUUUUUCGAGUCUUGAUUAAUUUGCUACACUUUCAAAGGAUGGAUAUGGUUAGCAAGGAUGAUGCCGAGUCAGAAAAGAGGUGUGAGGAUGCUUUGAACUUCCAAUCACCAAAUAUGUCAUCGGAUUGGCAAUUAAGCGGCACCAAUUUGACUAAUGCAUCCAUUGGGAUGGUUUCGAAUAGCAAUCCAACGGUAGAUUCGUUCUGUGCUAGUGUUUGGGAUCAUCCGACCAGUUUAUCAAACUUAGGCUUAAGUGAUACUAAUAUUCAGAUGAAUCAUGGCACUACAAAUGCACUAGACCCCCUGAGAACUAAUGUUAAUAGAAUGCUUGGUAUGAGUCGGGCUCAACCAAAUGCAAUAUCGUUGAAAGGGGGCACAUUUGUACCCCCUACUCCUGGUAUGCUUCCUCAGAGCUUAUCUCAGUUUCCAGCUGAUUCAGGUUUUAUUGAGAGAGCUGCAAGAUUUUCAUGCUUCAGUGGAGGAAAAGUUGGUGAUAUGAUGAACCCCUUUACCGUCCCUAAUUCUCCUAAUAUGUAUCCUAAUGGACUGGCCUUGCAUCGGCCACAGGAGGUUUUCGCUAGUAAAGGCUUGCAGUCACCUUCUGCUGCAAUCAGUGAGAAGCAGCACACAGGAAAUGUGGUUGAAAGUUCUGAGGAUGUUUGUUUACCUCUUGAAAAUGGUGCCAUAGAUAGAAGCCGCCUCAAGAAUGAGAAAAAUGAAAGCUUUGCUAGGUCUCGGGAUGAAGCAAAGGAAUGUGUUGGCAUCCCCGGAAACGAGUCUGAUGAGGCUGAAUGUAGCAGCCAUCAAGAAGAAGUGGAGGGUAAGGAUUCUUCUGCUAGGAGCCUUGGCUCAAAGAAAAGGAAAAGAAGUGGUCAGGAUACAGAAUUUGAUCAAACGAAGGGAGCACAACAACCACCAGCUGAACCGACAAAAGAUCAAACAGAAAUUCAGAAGGGAGAGCAAAACAGGCUUGGUGGAAAGAAUAGUAAACAGGGGUCUCAAUCGGCGGAUCCACCUAAAGAAGAAUACAUACACAUUCGAGCUCGAAGAGGCCAGGCAACAAAUAGCCAUAGUCUUGCAGAAAGACUAAGGAGGGAGAAGAUCAGUGAACGGAUGAAAUAUCUUCAGGAUCUUGUACCUGGUUGCAACAAGGUCACUGGGAAAGCAGUAAUGCUGGAUGAAAUCAUUAAUUAUGUACAAUCUCUUCAAAGACAGGUGGAGUUCCUCUCAAUGAAGCUUGCAACGAUAAACCCGCGUCUGGAUUUUAAUAUUGAUGGGCUCCUUGCAAAAGAUAUUUUCCAUUCACGAACGGUUCCUUCUUCGUCACUUGCUUUUGCUCCUGAUAUGACAAUGCCAUAUCACUCCUCGCAACAACUGCAACCCGGCCUACUUCAGUCAGGUCUUCCUGGUUUAGGAAACUCUACCAAUGCACUUCUUAGGUCGAUCUAUCCCCAUUUAUCCGCAACUAGUGGUGGCUACAAAGAGUCUUCAUCUCAGUUGCCUAAUAUAUGGGAUGAUGAGCUACAUAAUGUUGUCGAGAUGGGUCUCAGUACAAGUCCGCCCCUCCAUAGUCAAGAUUUAAGUGGUUCUCUGCCAUCAGGCCAGAUGAAAGAACUUUGAACUUUGUUUUAGAUAUCAACUGCUUGAACUUCCUGUUUGUUGGGUACGCGGAACAUUUGGGAAUACGUCACAGCGAAGAGCUAUUCCUAUGAAGAAGCUCUGUGUUCGGUGUACAGCUAAGAGUGUGUUUAUGGUGCACUUGACCUCCUUUUGUUUCAGUACCAUAUAAUUAACUACCAAGAAAGUAACAACUUAUACCAGGAGACACAAGUUCUUCAUCUGCAAUAUCAAAUGAAAGUUCAAGAAAAUUAUUUUAUUACCUGGAUGUAUAUGUAAGGAAAAUGGAUGAUGACAUUUGGUCUUAAUUCUUGAAUCUAUGAAAGAAAAUGACUAUAUUCUUGUUCCCUCUA